GCACCCCGUUCCGACGCUUUCUAUUGGUUCCUGUGAUUGUUCUGUACCUGAAUCUAAUUUCAAUGCUUGGCUCUGAGUGGUCCGCCCCCCCUGCUCACCCCUUCUUGCUUUCGUUCCUGGUCCUCCGCGGGUUUCCUAUCCUCUGCUGCUGCAAUUGCCUUUGCCUUGGAAGCUCUUCUCAUCUUAUUAUUCGUGACACUUCGCCCUUUAACACCGCACACCUCACUCUCACUCCUUCAGACCUCAUCCACCCUCGUUUUCCCCUCCAAGCAUUCCCUCCCAACUGAGAGUUAGUUGUUGUCGUUAUCACACACGAAAAUAAACAGCUCUCUACCACAUUCAUUUGGAACCGCCACUUUUAUCUCAGCGCCAGAACAGAACAGAACAGAACUUCUCUCUUCCUCAGAAUCAAUUAACGUCCAACUAUCUAUCCUUUUCCAUCCCUCCCUUUCAUCCCCUAGCCAGACAGACCUUUCAUUUAGAGUGAAUCGUUCGAAUCAAGUCGGAGAGACCCAUAGUCAAGCCAAUCUCACUCGUUAUCCCGUCCAAUUCAGUCGAUAUAUUAAGAGCCUUUGAAGUUCCGAUCCAAGAAACCUUUCGUCUAUCCAUAUCGCAAGAGUUCACUUCUUCACAAUGAAGUUCACCCCAGUUUCUGUUGCGCUUCUCAGCGUGGCCGGCGUUGCGAUUGCGCAACCCCACAACCAUCAACACCGUCAUCCAGUUCGAGCAAACAAGGUCGCACGCGACAAUGCUGUUGUCUCUGUGACAGAGGUUAUGCCAGGUCCAGUCGAGACAGUCUACAUGCUUAACGGAAAGGAUAUCUCUUUGGCCGAAGUACAAGAUGGUUUGAAAUCUGGAAAAUACGUUUUGGUGGGAGACGCUGUCGAAGACGCCCCUUCUGCUACUAACUGGUACACUGCACCCGUAUCUGUUGCACCCACAACAUCUGCCGCUACAACCUCUUCCGCAGCUACCUCCACCAGUUCGAUCGUCAAGGCUGCUGCAGAGUUCAUUGAGGUCUCCUCGUCUUCCACCAAAGCUGCGUACACUUGGAAAUCAAGCGCUGCAUCAAGCGCUGCAUCAUCCACUUCAGAAUCAAGCUCGGUCGCCUCUGUCUCCUCUACCAGUUCUGCUGCUGCUUCUUCCUCCUCCGCCAGCAGCUCCACUUCCGCCGCAGCCAGCAGCUCUACUUCCUCCAGCAGCGCCGGCAAUUGGGCCGACUUCCCAAGUGGCACAAUCCCUUGUUCCACUUUCCCAUCUGAGUAUGGCCCAAUCGCUGUCGAUUACCUUGGUUUAGAUGGCUGGAUCGGUAUCCAAAGCACCCCUGGCUACACCACUUCUGCUUCCUCGAUCGUUACCAUUAACACACUAACCAGCGGUGGAUGUGUGAAAGGCGCUUUCUGCUCGUAUGCAUGCCCAGCGGGAUACCAGAAAUCUCAAUGGCCUAGCGCACAAGGAAGCACUGGUGAAUCCAUCGGCGGUCUUUACUGUAACUCCAAGGGAAUGCUCGAGUUGUCCCGAACUACCACCAAGCAACUUUGCACUGCUGGAUCUGGAUCCGUCAAGGUUGAAAACAAGCUCAGCAGCAUUGUUUCUGUUUGCCGUACUGAUUACCCUGGUCUCGAGGCUGAAACGGUUCCAUUGUCAACCUCCCCUGGCCAAACCUAUGACUUGACUUGCCCAGAUGCCAGUAACUACUACUCAUGGGAAGGACUUCCAACUUCCGCACAAUACUACAUCAACCCACAAGGAGCUUCUACCUCUGAAGCUUGCGUAUGGGGUGAAGCAGGUAAAAACCUUGGUAACUGGGCUCCUGUCAAUGCUGGUGUCGGCAAAGAUGCCUCUGGUAACACUUGGUUGUCAAUCAUCCCUAACACCCCAACCAACACAUAUGGUACCUUGGACUUCACCAUCACUAUCGAAGGUGAUGUCUCCGGAAAAUGCUCGUACUCAUCUGGAACAUACUACAACAAUGGUGUUGAGUCCUCAACAGGUUGCACCGUCUCUGUUCUCGCAGGCGGAACCGCUACAUACGUCUUCUCAUCAUAGGCGCUUGAGUCUCGAUUUUCCCUUUUACAAAAUUUCCGGUGCACAUAUUGUUGUUUUCUUUCCGCGCGCAUAUCCACAAUUGCGGCUUAUGAUCGUUGUAGUCACUUUUUUUUUUUUCCUUUACACGCCCUCAAGUUAUUCUAAGUCUCGGAUGUUCGAACUCACGCUCGACUUGCAACGUUCAAACAAAUUUGUCAAUAAGAUACCCCCUCCAUCCGAUCUCUGAAUGUACUUCGUGUGGUAACUUUUCCUUUGUAAUAAAUGUCGCUAAUGUUUUUACAUUAUUGAAGUGGAAGAUAUCUGGACGUUGGAAUACUACGUUCCAGAUGGUUGUUGUAAGCAUGAAUGGAUUUCUUGAGGGGGUUGGGGCUGUUGGUAGAAAAAAAGGUUGUGUUCUCGGCAGAUGAAUGUUCAUAUGGCGAACGGGAAAGCUCUCUUUCCUUGAAGCGAUCACCUUGGUUAACUCUUCUAUGUAUUCGUUACUCAUUUUGAAGGAGACGUGCUCCUGGUACAGAGUGCCCCUCUAUCCCUACGGCCUUUUUAUCAAUUUGCCGCAGGCACUCUUGCAUAUGUUUUCACACUGGCUACAAAUGUUUGGAAGGAGCGCGCACACGAAACAAAAAUUACCACCAUGUCUCUUUUCUGAGGAGAUUUGGUAGAGAGCUAUAACACCUGUUGUAUGUGGAUGUGAAUGGAAAAUUUGACGGCAGAGGCUGCAGAAUAUGGUGCAUGUAUCAAUGUAAAGUAGUCUAGUCGGCACAACACAGACAGGGAAAGGGAGAUCAGUUACACUCUACUUAUUCUACCUUUUCAAGAAGAUGUUGAGAAAUUUUUGAGAACAGAAAAUUCCAAAAAAACAAAAACAAAAAAACAAGUAAAUGGAGCAUUCAGAUGAAGUGUGUGGCCUUUUUCGUGUAUACAGAUUAAAAUCUCUUUUCGUAUCUUAUAAUUUCUUCAUUUUUCUUUCCUGACGAUGUUCACAUACAACUAACUGUCUUUCUGAAUCUGUGAAUAUGAAUA